UUCAGUAGGGAGGAAAAUCGAUUGCUAAACUGUUUAUAACAUUAACGUCUGCGCCGUUGCAUUCUUUCAAACGUGGCGUUACUAACCAACAAAAACAACCAAGCAGGAAAGCAGAAACGGGGAAGGUAAUUACAUCACGGACUAAAAUGAUUAGCGUUGAGGCCAUUCUAAGGACAAACCUUCACUCGAAGUCCGUGAAGAAAGACUUUUUGGCUAAAUUAACAGAUUACCUCACUCAGCUUUUCGAAACGGAGCCUAAGCACAUUAUUUUGGAACUGCAUACAGAUGUGGUCAUGAUGCGAGCUGGAAACACCGAUUCAAUGUUAAACAUGAAUUUGUACCACAACUCUACCAGUAUUACCCAAGAAACGAAGCAUGCUUAUGCUUCUAAAAUAGCACAAUUCAUGUCAAAGGAAAUAAAAGUUCCAGAACAAAGGGUUCUGGUGCUGUUUAUCGACACUUCAAAAUGUACGAGAUAUUGAAGGACCAUUCAUCGUGACCGGAGCAGGAAACCAGCAUCUGUGCAAAGCAUUAUAGUCUGUUAAUCAUCCACCUGAGGAGAAACAAAAUAUCCUCUUCAAUUUGUAAUAUAAUAUUAAAAACAUGUGGGAGAAUAGUAUGGCUUUCAACAUGGACCACACCAGUAAUGUUUAAAAUGGCUUUGUUUCCAUAGCGAACUACUGUAGAUUAUAUGGCUAACAUUUCUUUCUUUUUUUCACAAAGUACUGCGAAAAAAGAAAGAAAAAAAAAAGGAACCGCCAAAUGUAGAGUUGUUUGUACCCUUAAAAUACCCUUCUGGUAAUGCACCUGUUCAAGACAGGUGGUUGUUUAACAGACAUUUACACACACCAUUGACUCUGCAGUUUAUCAUGACUGCAAUAAUCUGUGAUCAGAAAAUAAAAACAAAACGUGUUACUGUACAAAUACUGCCAUUUUAAUGUAUCCCUUUAGAAUCUGUACACUAACCUUCAUUAAAACUUAAUACUGUACACAUAGUAACAUAUACACACACAAAAAUGAUAAAAAUGCCAGGCAGACAAUGUGCCACUGUUUAUAUAUUGACAAUAUGAGAAGUAAAUUACAUUACAUGAAAGAUGUGAUAUUUAAACAUGAAAUAAAACAUGAAAAUUAAUCACAUGUAUAUCACAAUAUGUUGAAGAAUGUGUAUAUUACAGUGAGGAAGAUUUUUAAGUUGUGCUAGGAGUCUUAAGUGAUUUCAAACAAGUCAUUUGAUCAUCAAUAAAAAAUAUAAUAAAACUUA